GCAAGAAUAACAACUGAACUAUCGAACAUUUUAAGAAAUAUAAUGUUGAAUGAUAACGUUUCCUGUAAUAACGAUGGAGAUUAUAUAAUUGGAGUAAGAAUGGCGCCUAGUGAUCGAAUGAUUAUGGCACUACUAGCAAUAUGGAAAGCUGGAGCAGCAUAUUUACCAUUGGAUCCAGAAUUUCCCAACAGAAUAUAUAGUUAACGAUGCCAAACCAAUUCUGAUUAUAUCUGACGAAGUAUCCAAUUGGUUCCAGCAAAUGGAGUUGUCUUUUGAAGAUCUACUAGAUCGAAGCAAAAAAAUACAAUCCAGCGAACGAAUCACCAAAGAUGAUAAUUGUCGUGUUCAACAAGACAUUGCUAUUGUGUUAUAUACCUCAGGAAGUACUGGGAAACCAAAAGGUGUGCGUCUCCCACAAACAGCUAUCAUGAAUAGACUGCAAUGGCAGUUUCAAGAAUUUCCUUUUGGAGAAAACGAAAGUGUUUGCGUUUCGAAAACCGCUCUGGCAUUCGUUGACAGUGUGGCAGAAAUAUGGGGACCUCUACUCAAUGGACGAACUCUUUUAGUUGUUCCCAAAAAGUAUCUUACGAAUCCUGAGAAAAUUGUGAAUAUUUUGGAGAAAUACGAGGUACAGAGACUUGUUUUAGUCCCUUCGCUCUUGAAAUCUCUUCUUCUGUUCUUGGAAUCACAAGGAAAUGAGGCCUACUUGCGAAAUUUGAGGUUAUGGAUUUGCUCCGGAGAAUCUCUCGACAGAGUGGUGGUCAACCAAUUUUAUAAAUGUUUUCCGGAAAAUAGUUACAGGCUGUGCAAUUUCUAUGGAAGCACUGAAAUCAUGGCUGACGUUACAUUUUAUGUAAUAAAUGAACUGAAACAGCUGGAAAGUCAUGAUAAAGUUCCGAUAGGUAUUCCAAUCGAUAACACCGUAGUGUACCUUCUGGAUGAAAAUCGUCAAAUUGUGCAAGCUGGAACCGUUGGUGAAGUAUUCGUUUCUGGACUGAACCUAUCAGCAGGAUACGUCAACAAAACAGAUCAAGAAGAGAGAUUCAUUGAUAACCCAUUCGAAACAGAUCCUGAUUACAAACAACUAUUCCGCACUGGUGACUUUGCAAGAAUUGAAAGUGGAUGCUUGAUUUUUGAAGGUAGAGCAGAUUCACAAAUAAAAAUUGGGGGACGUAGAGUUGACCUCAGUGAGAUCCAACAGCUCAUGUAUACACUAGAUGAGAUUGAGAAAGCCAUCGUAUUAUGUUACAAACCUGGUGAUAUUAAACAAGAGCUUCUAGCAUUUGUAACUGUCAAUAAUCCGAAUUUGAGUGCAUUACUGAUAGAGGCCAAACUCAGAAAAGGUUUGAUGUGGUACAUGGUCCCAAAAGUGAUUGUCAUCGAAAAAAUGCCUUUCUUGGUUAGUGGAAAAAUCGAUAGACAGGAGUUGAUAAAACUAUAUGAAAGUCUAGAAGAAACUGAGGGAGAAAUAAAUUAUGAUGAUAUUGACAGUGAACAAAUGGAAGCAGCAACAGUGCUAUUCGAAACGGUUGCCAGUGUUCUUAGCAAGAGAGCCAGGUCUGCCAUUUCAGCAAAUGCAAAUUUUUAUGAAAUCGGUGGAAACUCCAUCAACUCGAUAUCUACCAUUUCCAAAUUGAGGGAAAGGGGAUAUCACAUCGGGAUUGGAGAAUUCAUUUCUGCCAAGAACUUUGCUGAAAUUUUGUCUCUCAUGCAAGCUGAUACUAAUAUGGAUAAGAGUGGAUGCCCAGCUAAAACUUUCAGACACGAACCUUUGAAAGAUGAGCACAAAAACGAUGUUAUCGAUUUGACAUACAGAAGUUUGUACCAUCAGCCAGGAUUACAAGAAUGGAUUGUAUGGAACACAAGCAAAUCAGAUUUUAUUCAUUUAAUCAACCAGCUAUGGGAGUCGUUGAUAGAACAGAAUUUGAGUUUCGUAAUCAAAUCUGACAAUGAAAAAAUAACAGGAAUAUGUCUGAAUUUUGAUGAUGCCCACUUUCCCGAAAUCAAAGGUGGAGGAGGCUUCAAUUGGAUACUAGAAUUGAUGAAUGAUAUCGAAAAUCAGAUAAGACUGAAAUAUGUACCAAAUGACAACGUGAAAGCCAUGAAUAAUCUUUUCAUCACAACCGAACCCUCACAAUCACACCAAGAAAAUAUAGCUGCAGUAGAAUUCAUGGAAAAGGAAACGUUGAAUGUUGCUAAAAAACAUAACUUCUCCGGAGUCUUGUGUACAAAUAUAAGUAAACUAACCCAGCAACUCGCCUCAGAAGUUCUCAACUAUGAAUUAGUAGUGGAUGUACAGGCCAAUCAGUAUGUUGCCGAAGAUGGUACAAAACCUUUUGCAGAGGCACCCGAUGAUGACAGAGCACAAGGAUUUUGGAAAUUCGUAAAUGAGUGAAAUCCAUGAGCAUAUUUUGUGAUGAAUACAAUUUCAUUAUGAA